UCACUCCCUAAGGAUGCACAACCAGAAAAAAAAAAUUGUGAGAAGAAGAGACGGAAUCAGAGCAGCUAAAUAUCAGCGCUUUAUAAACAUUUUUUGGGAUUUAAAAAAAUAUAAUAUCUGGAUUUGAUUUUCUUAUUGCUUUUUUUGUGGAGUGUAUUUUCAACCAUGGCCAAUGCUGGAGUACAACUUCUUGGCUUCUCGCUGGGUUUCCUGGGCUUCAUCGGCUCCAUCGCUUCCACGGUCAUGGUGGAGUGGAAAGCUUCGUCUUAUGCAGGGGAUAACAUCAUAACAGCUCAGGCGCUUUAUGAAGGCCUGUGGAAGUCAUGUGCGUCGCAGAGCACAGGCCAGGUUCAGUGUAAAGUGUACGAUUCCCUUCUCCAGCUACCAGGUAUUGUUGUGGGCACGCGUGGACUGAUGCUGGCGGCCAUCUUGCUGUGCUUGAUCGCCAUCUUGGUGGCUGUCGUGGGCAUGAAGUGUACCACCUGUUUAACAGAUCAGCCCGAGCAGAAGGACAAAGUGGCUUUAACCGGCGGGAUCAUCUUGAUCAUAGCCGGCCUCCUGGCUCUGGUGGGAACGUCGUGGUACGCCAACAGGAUAGCGCAGGAUUUUUACGACCCCUUCACUCCGACUAAUUCCAGGUACGAAUUCGGGAGCGCCCUCUUUGUCGGAUGGGGAGCUGCCUUCCUCAUCAUCAUCGGGGGAGCCUUCCUGUGCUGCAACUGCGGCAAGAAGGAUUCAGGGAAAGCGUUACGCUACCCACGAUCCAACGCUGCGAGCAACGCCGGCAAAGACUAUGUGUAGGCUGAUAGAAAAUGGCCGCCGUAUGUUGACUUCUUUUUAUUUGCGGGCACUCAUUUUUUGUUUUUAUAUGGGCAAGCCCUAACAUGAAAAUCAUGUACUAUUCUUGGGUAUUCUAUAAAGCUAACAAUAUUUUACUUCUCUAUCAUGAUUUCUCGUUUAUUUUUAGUUUUUAGUUUAGUUUUUCCUCAAAAUUAAUUGAUAAAUAAAUUAUGUGGUUGACAAUAGAAUAUUAUUAGCCAAAGAAUAUGAACAAAUAUAUCAAUUAUUGUGGUCAGUAAUGUUACAUUGAUGACACAUGAAGUUAUAUAGAGUCUUCUCAUUCCGUGUGGAAGUGGUAAGUUUUUGGUUUCUUACUUUGUCCUCCUUCCCCACUUUGUUUAAAAAAAUCUCUCUUGAUAGUUCGGUAGCAUGUUGUGUUUAAAGUGACGGCGACCAACCACCUGUUAACUCAUGGCAAAACAAGAAGGAGGUGUUGAAGAGGAAGCUCAUCAUUUGGCUGCCAUAUCCUGUCAAGAAUCAAGUCUUCAGUGAAUGUAAACAUAAUCUUAAAUGUUCAUUCUAUACUGCAUAAAAAAGUUUUUUGUCCGA